AUGUCAAAACUGUGUGGUUUGAACGUAGUUCAGCUACGAGAAGAACUACAGAAACGAAGCCUUGUCACAAAACCAGACGAAUUUAAGUUUGAUGGUGCUGACGAAGACAAUGAAAUUAGCACAGGCACGUUUACAACCGCUAAAAUGAUGGAACUUCUGCUUACUAUGUCAACUGAAAUGAAACAGAUCAAAGAACAGUCCGAACGACAGUCCGAACGACAGACAGAAGAGUUAAAACAACAGAUCAAGGAACAGUCCGAACGACAGGCAGAGGAGUUAAAACAGAUCAAGGACCAGCUAAAACACGUAAAAUUGGAAGUGGCAGAACAGAUUGAAGAACAGUCAACAAGAAUAGAAAUGAUCGAGCAGAAACUUGAUCGUCAGACCGUUGAGGUAGAUCACAAGAUAGACAAAUUGAAGCGAGAAUUGGAGCAAUCCAAAAAAAAUGGCCAUGCCGUUAGAUCACGCAUCCGGAAGAACUUUGAAGGUACUAGCAUUUGA